AUACACACCAGACUACUGUCCUUUGGAAGUCUUGGCUGCUCUGCCCGAACGAUCCAUCCAACGCGAACUUUUGCUAUUCUAUGUAUUUUGUGAUUACUGUAUAGCCAGAAGAAGAAGAAGAAGAGAGCGCUACGUGUCUGCAUCUACCAUCUACCUUCAGCCCCUCUUCGACAUCGACAGGACAGGACAGGACAGGACCGAAAAUCCCAGAGCAACAACUUCCCAAAGCGACACUGGUUUGAAACCAGUAUACCGGGUCGAUCCAUAAACAGUACCAGUCUUUCCACAGAGCUUCGGAAGCGACCAAAAAUCCAACCGUAUCAGAUAGGCCACGAACGGACCAUCCCAAGCAUCAACAGCCGAGAGCAACAAAUACCUACCCGUAUUCCCUCCAGUGCAUGAUAGAAGAAGAGAACUCACAUUCAGCCCACCAUGUCGAAAUCCUCCCCCUACCCCACCGGCGACCCAACCUACCGCCGCCCCUCCAAACUCUCCAAAGAACAUGUGCUGCCCAGCAUGCCUCAGCGCCUCAACUCCAUCGACAGCAGUCCCGAAGAUGUGCUCGCGGCGAUGGGCUACACGCAAGAUUUGAGCCGGAACCGAUCGACGCUGAGCGUGGCGUUCAUGUCUUUUGUCUUGGCGUCUGUGCCGUAUGGGCUCGCGACGACCAUGAUUUAUCCUUUGAUGAACGGCGGGCCGACGACCAUCAUUUGGGGUUGGUGUUUGGUGUGUCUGUUGAUGAUGUGUGUGGCGAUUUCGUUGGGCGAGAUUACUUCGGUCUUUCCCACAGCCGGAGGUGUAUACUACCAGACCUACAUGGUGUCGCCUCGCUGGUGUAGAUCACUCAUGGCGUGGAUGACGGGCUGGGCAUUCGUGCUGGGAAACAUCAUCAUCACCUUAUCCGUCAACUUCGGCACGACACUGUUCCUGAUCGGCUGCAUCAACAUCUUCCGCGACGCCGACGGAAACCCGAUAUUUGUGGCCGAAGCAUAUCAAACCUACCUCAUCUUCGUCGGCAUCACCAUCAUUUGCAAUUUGAUCUCAUCGCUUUGUAACCGAUGGCUCCCCCUGAUCGAUACGGCAACCGUCGGUUUCACCUUCGCUGGUGUCCUCGCCAUCAUCAUCUGUGCCCUCGCCAUCGCUGCUGAGGGAAGACGAAGCGCGUCGUUCGCUUUUGGGCAUUUCGAAGUUCUUUCCGGAUGGACCCCUUCAGGUUGGGCCUUCUGCAUCGGUCUGCUGCAUGCCGCAUACGCCACUUCUGCCACUGGAAUGGUCGUCAGUAUGUGCGAGGAGGUGCACAAGCCAGCGGAACAAGUCCCCAAGGCUCUUGUCGGUGCCUUAGUCCUCAACUGGGCUUGCGGCAUCAUCUUCCUGAUCCCACUCUGCUUCGUCCUGCCCGAUCUAGCCGCAGUCGUCGCCGACCCGACGGGACAGCCACUGCCCGUGAUCCUCAAAUCCGCCAUCGGAAACGACGUCGGCGCCUUCGUCCUGACCGUGCCAAUCAUCAUCCUCGGAAUUUUCUGCGGCACCAGUUGCACAACGGCCGCAUCUCGCUGCACUUGGGCAUUCUCUCGUGACGGUGCCAUUCCAGGAUCCCGAAAACUGAAAUUCGAUACUGUCAACAAGAAACUCGAUGUCCCAUUCAACGCCAUGAUGCUCAGUGCCGCCAUCCAGGUCGUUCUCGGUGUCAUCUACCUCGGCAACACCGCCGCUUUCAACGCCUUCAACGGCUCCGGUGUCAUAUUCUUAACUCUCAGCUACGUAAUCCCCGUCGCCGUCUCUUUCUGCACAGGACGCAAAACGCUGGUGGGCGCGAGAUACAAUUUCGGAAUCUUCGGUUCGUUUUGCAAUGUGGUCGCCAUGGCUUGGUGUGCCUUCGCCCUCCCUCUUUUCUCCAUGCCAUCCGGACUGCCCGUCACAUUAUCAGGCAUGAACUACGGAUCCGUGGUGUUCGUCGGUGGUCUCGCCAUCGCUUUGGCCUGGUAUUACAUCUGGGGUCGAAAGCACUAUGCUGGUCCUCGUGUCAAUGAUGAGUUGACUCCAAACAAUCUCACUCCGCCUCCUUCGUAUUAGAUAGAUACCUCUUAGCCGCGCUGUUAUUAGCUUUCGUAGAUACCCCCGGAAAUUUUGCAUAUGCUGCC